AUGUGCAGUACGAGUGAAUUUGUUGUGCGGCUACGCGGGCUUCCUUGGCAAGCCACCGAGGAUGACAUUAAAAACUUCUUCCAGGGGUUGACGUUUGCACCCGAUGGAAAGGAUGGGCUGCCUUCCAUCCUUCUUGCACUAUCGCCAUCUGGUCGUCCUACAGGCGAGGGCUAUGCUCACUUCGACAACGAAGAGACUUUCGUGAAGGCCCUGGCCAAGGACAAGGAGAGAAUGGGCCAGCGGUACAUUGAGGUGUUCGCUUGCCCUCAGUCCGACAUGGAGAAGGCACAGAUGCUGGCACGCGGAGUCACAGAAGGUGCAUCAGCUGCCGCCACGAAUGAAGACGACCUCCAGUGCGCGGCUGUCGUCCGCAUGCGCGGGCUGCCAUUUCGGGCCACGGAGGGCGAGAUCGUAGCCUUCUUCGAGCAGGCGGGCGUGCGUGUGCUCGAUGGCGGCGUCCUCAUCUGCAAGAAUCCCGACGGGCGGGUGACAGGCGAGGCCUACGUGCAGUUCGGCUCGGACGAAGACGCCCGACGAGCGCUGGAGAGGCACCGCGACCAGAUGGGCUCGCGCUACAUCGAGCUCUUCCGCAGCAACAAACCCGAGCUGAUCAACGUGAUGCGGCGCCAGCAGACCACUCGCGACCUUCAACAACAGCGUGGCGGCUAUGGUCGAGGUCACGAUCACGGACAUGGGCACGAUCACGGGCACGGGCACGAACAUCGCGGUGGCUAUGGCGGUCCUCCGACCGGCCCUCCUGGCGCGGAAGAGGGCGACGGCGAGUGGGUGGUGCGCUUGCGCGGUCUUCCCUUCAGCGCCACGGAGGAGGAAAUUGCGAACUGGUUUGCGCCGAUGCCCGCGCGUCGGGUCCACAUCAUUCUCACCGGCUCUGGCCGGCCGUCGGGCGACGCCUUCGCCGAGUUCGACAACGAGGCCCAAUGGGAGCACGCCAUGUCCAAGAACCGCCAGCACAUGGGCAGCCGCUAUGUCGAGAUCUUCGGGUCCUCGAGGCACGAACUUAUGUCGUCUCUAUCGCACGGCGAGCCUCCCAGCCGCUACCAUCAUCAGCACCAAGGCCCGCCCUCCUACAACGAUCACCAGCGCCCACCUCCGCACAUGCCGCACCAUUAUCCCGGCCCGGACCCUGGCCACAUGGCCGGCCCCGGCAGGAUGCCCGGACCGUCCUACGGCUAUCCGCCGCAGUACGCUGGCGGAUACAGCAACCCUCCGAGCUACAACGACCCGAGCGGCUACAAUCCCGGAGGCUACAACCCGAGCGGCUACAACCCCGGAGGCUACAACCCGAUGGCGCACGGCAACAUGCCCCCGAUGGGAACGGGAAUGGGCGGACCCCUCGGCGCGCCAGGCGUGGACCCCACGAUCGCUCUUCUCCAGCUUACAACAGCUCUCAGUCAACAGGCGGCCCAAGCGCAGGCUCGCUCCCACGGGGCUCCGACGGCCCAGUCGCAGCUUGCCAUGAUGAUGCAACAGGCAGCCGCCUCUGGGUGGAACACGGCCUCGACGGCGCCCACCGCCCCGGCCUACCCUGUUCACCCCGCUCCCCCAAUUCCGGCACCCUACGACGGAGCGGCUCCCGCUAUCGCUCCUAGCGGCCGUACGCAGCACCGGCGGCCCCCAGUGUCCCUCCAGGCGCGUCUGGUGAUGCGUCCAAGGGCGUCACCAUACAAAUUCGGGGUGUGCCGUACCGAACGUCGCCUCAAGAGAUCAUCGAAUUCUUUGCUGGCUACGACAUCAUUCCCGAGUCCGUCCAGGUACACACAUCCUCUUGUAUCACCCUCCCCCCCCCAAUAUCGCCGUGUUGCUGACUUCGAGUGUUCCCCAGUUGGGAAGGGAUCAGGCGGGCUAUAG